GUCAGCACCGACACAUUGUUGCACUUUAAAGACUCUCAGACGUCUACAAAUAUGGGAUGCUCCAACACACACACACACACACACACACACACUGCAGCGCUCAUUUUCUCUGCAGCCAUGGAAAGACAGGUCAGGGUCCAGGGCUCGCUGCUCUCUGCCUGGAACAGCGGCUUCGACAUGUGGCAUGAUUACAUGAAGCUGGGCUGCCUGCUCAAGAGGCUGGCCGACAGCCACAGAGCCUCCGGGGAGGGAGACAUCGAGGCCCCGAAGAGACAAUCAGCGGCGGCACCGUGGAGCCACAUCCGAACCUCUCCAAACCUAGAGACCAGCUCAGCCUCAGUCAGCAGCCUGUCUGACUCCAGCUGCACCGGGACGGACACCAGCUGCACCGGGACGGACACCAGCUGCACCGGGACGGAAUCCAGCUGCACCGGGACGGACACCAUCUGCACCGGGACUUCCUCCUCCUCCUCCGGGUACUGUGGCUUCUGUAAGCAGAACGGGGAGUCUCCGCGGGUGUACCGGUCGCACAACCUGAAAUCAGACUACGGGAAAGUCACGUGCCCGAUUCUCUGGAACUACACGUGUCCCAUCUGUGAAGCCACCGGGGAGCGCGCUCACACGCGCCGCUACUGCCCGCAGGCACAGCGGCAGGAGGCUGGGCGGAUGCUGCCGGGGCCCCGGUCCCGGUCCUGGUAACACCGGGACACCACGUGGGACACUGGAGUACUGAGGACACCGGAAACACUGUACAUAUUUACCUUAACAUGUUUGGGCCAUGAGUUCGUGUUUACAUCGACGGUUGUAAGUUUGUGCAUUAAUAUUAUGUUAGUGUCAUCCUGCACAGAGAGAGAGUUUUUGUGCAUUAAUAUGUUAGUGUCAUCCUGCACAGAGAGAGAGUUUUUGUGCAUUAAUAUGUUAGUGUCAUCCUGCACAGAGAGAGAUAGAGUUUAAUUCAGCGUUUCAUUCAUUCAUGUUAUCCAACCUGUAAUAUCUCCCCCCUGUGUGCAUUAUCAGGAAUAAAUCAGGGAACAGUU